UCAACACAACAUUCGAUCUUGCAAAAUAUGGUCAAGACGUUUAAAAGCUGACGCUCAUCUAGUAUCAGCAAUUAAAGUAAGCGCAAUUACAAGAUUAUAUAUAUAUCUUUUUCAAAUGACUAAGUCAUCAGAAGAUGGUUACGAACAAGAAUUAGCUUGGUUUUUGUUUUUAGAAUUAAUUCGUCUUAAGGAUUUCUUUAACUCAAACAUUG